ACUUACCGUCUUUGCUCAUUAUAUAUACCAACUUUCCUCUUCCUCUCUCACAAUUCACACAAACUCAUUUCUUUCAAUCAUAAUAACUAAAUUCGACCCAUACAGUAUCCAUGGCAGCUCCCAACAUGAGCAUGAAGCUUCUGAUAGACCCCAAAGGCCGCAGAGUCCUGUUUGCCGAAGCAGGUAAAGAUGUAGUUGAUUUUCUAUUCAGCAUUCUCUCACUGCCUCUUGGUACUGUCGCAAGGCUCCAAAAUCCAAAAGACACAGUCGGUGGCAUUGGAAAUCUAUACCAGAGUAUAGAUGAUUUGAGGGAUCUGCAAAUGAUCCCCAACAAAAACAUUGACAAUCUUCUGAACAACACAGUACUGGUCACAACCCCUAAUACCUCAAAUUCCUCUCCAAUGUUGAUUACUACUGGUAAUCAAUCAUCACCAACCAAGAAAUCCUACUAUAGGUGUUCUCACGGCGGUUACAAUAAUUGUCUUUCCUAUGUUACCCACGACCCCAAAUCGCUUUGUCCAACUUGCCGGAACACGAUGUCCUCUCCAUUGAGCCUUGUUUGUUCGAAGAAUGAUGGGUCCUCAUCGUCUUCUUCAAUGGAGGGUGGUUUUGUGAAGGGGUGCGUGACUUACAUGAUAAUGGAUGAUCUGGUGGUGAAGCCAAUGUCUACGAUUUCUAGCAUUACUCUGUUUAACAGGUUGAAUCUCAAAGAAAUGAGUGCCCUUGAAGAAAAGACGGUCAAUCUCACCAUCGAUGAGGGCAAGAAGUUGCUGAAGGCCUCUUUGCAGACUAAGAAAGUGCUAACAAGUGUUUUCUUCGAAGAAAAGAUUGUGAUAGAAGAGGAGAAGUCAUUAGAAUCAGUUGAGUGAUGCCGUUAUGUUUUGUAAAACUCUACAUAGCCAAUUAAUGGAAGGUUGGGAAGCUGCAGUACAGUCUCUUUAUGUUUGUUGGAAACUGUUUUGGUUUUAAGGUUGUUGCCUAGUUGGAAUUUCCCCUGGCAAGGGUUUGAAUCCUUGUUGUUCAUAUCUAUAAUUUUGGGAUGAAUUUGAAUAGAAUAUCUAGUGUGUUUGUAUUUCUGUUUGCAUCCUUUUCCACCUUGUUACAGUUGCUGCAAUUGUAAUAUAGAUGGAGCUUUUCUGA